AUGGCUACAACUUCCAGUCAACCCUCGGCCAAUGCCGCAAACACACCAACCAUUGGAGCCGCCAGAGCCUCGAGUACCAGCCUCCCAGCACCCUCCGAAUCGCCCAGCAUCCCCGGCCCGUCACCGUCACUGGCCGCCGCUGCUCCGAAUGGCGGCACCAAUGGCUACUUUGUUCCUACUGCUACGUCGAAUGACGGGCCUACAACCGUCGACCUCAGACUCUAUCCUCGAGAUGGACGCGUUCGAAACCCGGUACCAAGCAAGUUGAAAGACGUGGCCGAACAGAUGAAGGGCAAUUUUGGUGUUAUGCAUAUGGAUGUCACCAGUCACCGCGCCAGCGAAGGGAGAGACGCCGCAGCAAAACGAACGAGCGAGAGUACAGCUUUGCAGGCCAAGAUGGCCCAGACAGACACUUACGUGUCACACCAACGGAGAGCAAACUAUCCACGACCACCCGGGUUGAAGCAAUUCACCCCUCCCAGCAAGUCUACAGAACCAGGCACCGAACCAGUUGCUAAGCCUGGCCCGCGGCUACCCCUAGCGGUUGAAGAUACCAAAGCUGAGCAGGCUCGUUUGCUUACGCUCCUGCGAACCUUGCCUCAUCACACUGUUGUUGAUCAACUCUGUAAGGCUCUCGCUUUCUUUGGUGGCAUACCCGAUGCGCCACCUCCUGUAGACGGGAACUUCCCCGAAAGCGCCGGGUCAAAUGGCUCAGGUUCUCUCUUUGUGGGCUGGAUAGCCGAGAUAUUCCCAGACCUCGAUCGUCCGCCGAGACCGGCACGAUCAACGCCCACCCAGACCACGGGCCUGAGACGUCCAAGGGGGAGGCCCAAGGGCAGCAAAGCCAGCAAGGCUCGAAGUGACAAGGGAUUUAAGAAAGGCCCACUCAAGAAAGGCCCGCAGAAGGCUCUUGAAGGGGCUGAUAAUCAACCAGCAGACCCAGCCGAUGAGAGCUGGGUCGAUGUGGAAGAGAGUGUCUUGCAGCUCAACGGAGCUGGGGAUCUAGCCAAUGCUGAAGGAGCAUUGAGGGAUGCUCUCGGGACCCCUUCACUAACACUCGAUGGCGAAUCCGCUACGGCUGCGCCUGCAACAGGAUCCAAUGGCGGAUUCCGGUCUAUCAACCAUGCCAACAAUGCCCCCGCGUCCAGCGCGAAACGACGUGGGCGACCGAAAGGGUCUAAAAACCGCUCCAAAGAUACCUCUGUUUUGCAACAGGCUAGUCAAUCAGUCCAGCCAGCAACCGCAAAUGCCAAUUCUUCCGCUCCUCCGGCCAGCACUCCCAUAUUGCCGCCGCCGCCGCCAAAGGUGACACCGGUCCCAGUGCCAGUUCCGAUGCUGGACACACAAUCGAAGAAGAAGAGCUCUGCAACAAAACCAAAGGCCCCGAGGAAUCGCUCCAAAGCCACCAAGGACGUGACAGUCAAAAACAGUACCCUGCAGCCGCAACAACCUGCAGGUUUGAACAGCAGCUCGAGCACUAAUGUGACAAAUACAGGCUCCGGGGAUGCCCUCUCGUUGACGGACGGCUUUGUGCCUUCUACUAUCAACGGUGGUGCCUCCCACGUUGGGCCAGGUCAAACACGUGCCCAAGAUGCAACGUCUAGUGGUCAAGUACCGGCGCAACAGGUCAAACCAUCGUCUGUGACUGCAAAGAAGCGGAAACGGCAGACAGCUAAAGACGGUGCCUCUGCCUCAAAAGACAACGGUUCUGUUCCAACUGGGGGCAAUGAACCGCUCUCCCUAGAAGGCCAACCAAGUAUUCCUCAGGGGUUGCAAGCGCCUUCGACGCAAAGUCAACCCAUCCAACAAGCCGUGCCUAGCAUCUCUCCUGCACCACCUGCCAAGCGUGCGCGCAAGUCCCAGGAGUUAACAACACAAGCAACACGACCUACACCGAACGUCAUAGGACAAAACGGCACCAUCCCAUCUCCCCAUGUUGCUACGGAGCAUGUCCAGCAGCCCAAUCAAAUACCCUCCACUACUCAGGAUCAUACUGCAGCCCAGGGCCUUGAAGCUCACUACGCCGCCAUGCAGAGUUAUAACAAUCACCCACAAAAUAAGAUGCAACAACAACCUCCGGCCUCGAUGGGAACCUCAGCGUCGCCUACCACUGCUUCAGUAGCGACCACCGCUGAAGGCUUAGAAGCACACUAUGAACGUUUUGCUGCUCUCCAGAACUAUUCGGACACCACGAGGUCGACUUCUACUCGGCCCCAGAAGCCGCAACAGCAAACAACCCAAAGGGCGUCGCCAAUACCAGCACAGACCUCGAAGACUCCACAAAUGCCCGCUACACUGGCGUCACAGCAGCAAGCAAGGGCUCCUCAAAGCUACUAUCCUCAGUCUCAAGUGCUUGCGCCGUUCAGCACACAACAGCCAUCGUAUUCGACAAGUCAACGACAGCAACAGCAUAUGGCCAGUGGCUCGCCAAACACGGGGCUUGUGCAACACGUCACUAAUUCUCCUCAGUUCAGUGCUCAGUCCAACUCGCCCCUCAUGCAGCCAGAUAAUAGCUACCGUGGGUCGCCAUCGUUGAUACACGGCAGCACAGCUUUUGUACCGCGUCGAACACCGACGGCGUCGCCCCUCGAAAGAAACCCAUAUCGCCCAACGAGUACAACGAACCACGGUGUCCCAAGCCACUCGCCGCACUUCGGUACGCGGCAGACCCCGACGACGACGACAAGCACGCAUAACACGUCGCAUUCGGGCCUAUCCUCUACAUUCCCCUCUUUCGCCGAUUCCUCUUUCUUGGACAUACAGAGUUUGGACUCAGGCACCAGUCACAGCAGUCUCGGGCUAGGAACAGGAGCCUACGGUCUCGGAAGCGGAAGCGUGCCUCAGCAGCAGCGAACAACCAGCUCGAGUACUGCACCUCUCUAUUCCCCGGUAACGGGGCUGAAUAAUAGCUACAUGGGGCCUUCGAGCAUAGGCCGUGCGAGCCAUAACCAUAACCGCUGGCCUUGA